AUGGAUACAAAGAUAUCUCUUACGACUGCCAUGGAUAAAGAGAAAUUCAGAAUUUUAAGGAGUUGCGAUGGCAAAGAAUUCAAGGUCUCCAAAUCCAUAGUUAUGCAAUCAUUGCUCCUUGCAAAUUUACUCGAUUUAGAAGAAGACGGCAGAACCGAUAUAAUUUCACUCUCCAAAGAAGAAGGCAUAAUCGACGUAAUUCCACUCCCUGAAGUCGACGGAAUAACCCUGGAGAAGAUUAUUGGCUUUCUUAGCAUGUACAUAGAAGAAUCAUUUCAGCAAUUCACUGCUGAAGAAAAGAAAAAACAGUGCGACGAUUGUUUUGCCAAAUAUGAUAUCUAUGAUUUUCUUACCCUUGCAUCGGCUGCAAAUUACUUAGGAGUUCAAGUGGUUCUAGACGAGGCUUGUCAGAGAUCAGCCGACUUAAUAAAAAAUAAAAGUGUGGAAUGGAUGAGAAAAGUUUUUAGAAUAGACAAUGAUUACACGCCCCAGGAGGAACAAGAUGUAAGAAAUAAACAUAUAUGGACUUACGAAGGACUCGAUCCAGACGAUGACGAAGAAGAUGCUAUGAUUGCUUGA